GCUGUUGGUCGAUUUAGAGCGUGUCCGUUUGCCACCCUUAAGCGCUAAGUUGCAGUUUCAGAAUGCUUCUUCAUUUGUUGUCCUUAUCUUCACAUGAAAGGCCUCUCCUUUUCCUUUCAGUUAUGGUGUCGUAUGACUUGUCUUGCAACUGUUGACGCACGUCCUGUGAGUUUAAUGAGCUUCCUCAUGUUCGCACUGUGUGGCCAUUGUAAGGAUCUUAAAAUGAGGCAUCGAUUUGCUGAGAGGUUAAACGUCUGAUUUGGUUGGUGAAGAGCUCAAAUCAUGCCAAUUGGCAUAUGAAGGGAACUCGAUUUCAUCUAUUGUGCGGGUUUGUAGUUCCCGGAGAAGGGUUCUUGUUUUCUUUUCCUAGUUAACUACUGAGCUUUUAGCUAAUGCCACUUAUUCGUGGGGUUCUUGACCUCAGCAGAGUGGUAGGAAAAACAGGCAGCUAUUAUGGUGUUAUGUUUGCACAUCUUGGCUAGGAUGGUGUGAGUGGGAUUUACACAUCUCACAGCUGCUUGCUUAUAUUACUGUCCUUCAAAAGAGAUUGAUGUCAAGUUCAAGGGGAGGUUCAACCUUCAAAACAUCAAAGGUGGGGAUUGAUAAAGGUGAAAAGUCUUGCCCGGUGCUCAACAUACAUAUAUCAACAGCCAACCCUCCAUUUAUGGGACCUCUAAUAGUUCAGGCGGGAGACAUGUAUAGCCAGGAGAAGAGUACUCAGUUCGUUUUUGCAACAAGGAGUCAUCGCCGACCUCUUUUGUUGUGGCAAGUUAUAUUCCUGUGGCAUUUGGUAGCAAGCAGAUUUUGAAGCAUUGGCUUGAGCAAUGACAUAUGGCGGCCUACAGUUUUAUCUUUAUUGAGUGCUUUCUCCUAUUUAUAGCUGUUCCGUACUUUGAUAUACCAUUGCAUGAACUUUAGAAAAGUUGGCUUAAAUGCACCUUGGUGAUGCCAUAUCGUGGGAAAUUUAUUAUUAGAUUGAGCAUGGUUCAGAUUCCCUUGAAUGUAUAGCUGAAAUCUUUAACUUCAGUGCAGGAGCUUAAUUUUCGAGAAUUCUGAUGAUUAUUCUGUGCUUGCAGAUGGGACCCAUGGAGGGGAGAACUGACCUUGAUUCUGAUGAGGAAAUCCCUUUUAAUUCAUCUCCAAAUGCCAGGAAAGUUCAUCCAUUUGAUUUUGAGACAGUACAUUUAGCACCACACAUGGGUGUCGUGAACUCAUGGAUUCAUAAGCAAUCAAGCAUCAGACCACUCAGAAGUAUCUAUAUUGUCUUGCUGAAAGCAAAGAUAAAUAUAUUGCUACCUUUUGGCCCACUGGCCAUACUGCUUCAUUACCUUACCGGAAACCAUGUUGUGGUCUUCUUCUUAAGUAUGCUAGGCAUCACACCUCUCGCAGAGCGGUUGGGCUAUGCAACUGAGCAGCUUGCCUUCUACACAGGGCCUACGGUUGGAGGUCUUUUGAACGCCACAUUUGGAAACGCCACAGAAUUGAUAAUUUCAAUUUAUGCAUUGAAGAAUGGAAUGAUAAGGAUCGUUCAACAAUCAUUGCUCGGCUCCAUUUUGUCUAACAUGCUUUUAGUACUUGGAUGUGCCUUCUUCACGGGUGGGAUUGUACACUAUAACAAGGUUCAGGUGUUCAAUGAGGCCGCUGCCUUGGUGAACUCUGGAUUACUCUUGAUGGCAGUAAUGGGAAUAAUGUUUCCAGCUGUUCUCCACUUCACACGCACUGAGGUUCACUUUGGAAAGUCAGAGCUUGCUCUGUCAAGGUUUAGCAGCUGCGUGAUGCUCGUUGCAUAUGCAAGCUACAUCUUUUUCCAGCUAAAACAUCAACACAGUUUACACAACCUCAAUUGCAAUAUUGAUGAGGAAGGAGUCAGUGAAGAAGGUUCUGAGGAAGAAGAAGCUCCUGAAAUAACCCAGUGGGAAGCAAUUGGUUGGCUAGCUGUUUUGACACUGUGGGUGUCUGUAUUGUCUGGCUACCUAGUGGAUGCAAUAGAGGGAGCAUCUGAUUCAUUGAACAUUCCUAUUGCGUUCAUUAGUGUCAUCCUUCUUCCAAUUGUGGGAAAUGCGGCAGAGCAUGCAAGUGCUAUAAUGUUUGCAGUGAAGGAUAAGCUUGACAUUACACUUGCAGUGGCAAUUGGAUCAUCUACGCAAAUAUCAAUGUUUAUGAUACCGUUCUGUGUUGUUGUUGGGUGGUUGAUGGGGAAACCAAUGGACUUGAACUUUCAAUUAUUUGAGACGGCCACACUAUUCAUAGCUGUACUAGUAGUGACAUUUAUGCUGCAGGAAGGGAAGUCAAAUUAUCUGAAAGGCUUGAUGCUUAUCCUGUGCUAUCUCAUUGUUGCAGCAAGUUUUUUUGUGCACAUGGACCCUUCAAACGAUGAUAACUAAUUAAUGAUGGUGGCAUUGCCCACAACAUAGUCAACAGCUUCCGUGUCCGUCUGUGUAACAGCUGCCAUGCUAUUCUUCCACCUUCCACCUCCGAUGAUUGCAGUGGCGUUCCGGGCUGGAAAGGAACUUCAGGCUUUUGUACAUUCGAGUGGAUCCCGUAUGUGAGCACGGAUUGGGAAAAUGUAUUCCGUGCUUCUCAAAGCUUGUUAUUUUGUCAUCCAUUCCUUUUGUAGUAAACCUAUGCUUCGCGCCAGGUCACGCUUUGGUGAAGUGACCCAGCCGCUAUGGCCUCAGCGCGAAUCCAAAGUUGUUUAGCUUGUUUUUUGUGAUCUGCGGACUUUCAACCCUCAACACGAUGAUUAUUUAGAUGGUGGAAGUGAGUUGAAGGGACUUGCUGCUUGUAUUGGAUCACUUUUGAGUAGAGAUUGGACAGGGUUGAUGAGCCAAGCAGAAUGGAAUGGAAUCCGCCUCGGAUGGCAUUUCGUCUUCUUCGGCGAAUUGAUUCGA